UUGGUUUGGUUUGGUUUGUUUCAUUUGUCUCUGCCAUGUGUUUGCUACUAGCAUUGCAAUAAUUGUUUUCACCUUGGCUAGGAGAAGACUGGGACACAGUGAGAGCAAAGUGCGUUCUUCUGCUCCUAGGUCAUAGUCCUGCUUAUGGGCCUUGUGCUUGCAGGGGGCAGUCUGGCAAUAUGAGGGGCGCACCAAAAAAGCCAGAAAUUGAGAACAGCUUAAUGGGAGUAAUGCGUGUUCCUUUUCUCAGCAUUCCCUUACCCAUUGCCAGGAGAAUGCUGUUCCCUCCAACAAACCCUGCCCCUUUCUGUCCUUUCCUUAUUCUUGCUUUUCAGUUGUCACCAACAAAUCUUGACAUUUCUAAAACCAACAUGUAUCCAAGGUGUGUGUAUUUUGUUGCGUUACAAAUGACGUGCACAAAGUUCAGCAUGCGUACUUUGCUUAAUUUGCAUCCCUUUAUUCUGCACUCAGAUGGUGCGGUGGACAAACGUAGGGCCUGGAAUUGAAUCCCUCCGGUUGUAUGUCCAGUCCUCAGCCAGUCAUGCCCUGGGGAGCUGCCAAGGGGGGGACCGGCUUCUUUGGGUUGAGAAGAAGAACACUUUGGGGAUGUCCUGUCGGCAGGGCUGCUUCCUUGGGUGCCCUCCUAAAAUUUUGGCUGUGGCAAACCUUGGUGUUUCUAGCCUGUUUGGGGUGGGACAUAGAGGUGGACUUUUGACUUCCAGUUGUGAUGAAAGAUUUACAUUAGCCUUGUUCACAAAAUUUAAUGGACUUCCUAGGCUCAUGGGUUUGCUUUGCUCCUUCUGUGGAGUCUGAUGCAGUGUUCUCGGCAAUUCGACUAAGUUGUCUUAAGUAAAGGCUUUCUAGAAAUGAUAUUAGGUUUCCCAUUUAAAUCACAUCCACUAUGUGAUAUGUGUCUUAAUAAAAAUAGUCCUACUGUACGUGCUUGGGAUUUCCACAUUCAGUUAAUUUGCAUCCUCUGUUCUGGGCUAAGUUGGUAUCCUUUGUAGUGUGUGUAUGUACUGUUCCUUUCUUUUUGAGUUCUGUAUAUUUUAGUUGUGGUAUAUUCCCCUCCCCACUCUUUGUUGCAUCCUCAGAGCUGUUAAUUUUCUGUAUUUGGAUGUAUGCAGAAUUCUAGCCCAAAGCUGGUGAUUUGACUUAGGCGAAAAAUUGGUUUUGUCGUUUCAUUUCAUUUUUUUAAAAAAAGCAAGUUUCUAGCCCUCAUGGCUGUGGAGAUGUGUAUGGGCACAUGCACAUCGCUUUGAUGUUCAGGGGGCCAAGUUUGUGUCCUCCCCCUCCCAAGGCUGCCUGCCCCUCCUUUCUGAGCUCCAGUCACGUUCCUCUGCCAAGACACCCUCUCUUCCCUGUACGUUCAUUUCUGGCACCAACUUGCUCCAGCUCCAAAACAAGUGCGCAAGCUGGCUCCAGCGCUGCAUCUCUGCAUUGGACAGCGGAGCGAGCAGUCAGUGUCCUCCUCCUCGGGCUCUUGCCCGCUGCUUACCUGUACCCCGGACCAGCCAUGGACUACUCGCUGGCUGCAGUCCUCACACUGCACGGUCACUGGGGCCUCGGGCAGGUUGUAACUGACUACGUUCAUGGAGAGACACCUGUCAGACUCGCCAGCACCGGCCUCUACCUGCUGUCAGCGAUCACCUUUGCUGGCCUGUGCUACUUCAACUACCAUGAUGUGGGCAUCUGUAGAGCCGUGGCCAUGCUGUGGAGCCUCUGAGACAUGACACGGCCCACCGGCAAACCAUCAUGAAUGUCCACUGCUGCCUCUGCUUCACUGUAUUACUAUGACAUGAAUGAUCCUGUGGCCCCUGGGUAGCGUCUGAGGGGCCAUAGGAUACCUGGGGUUCCCAGCUCCAGCUGUGGAGCUAGGAACUGGCACUCCACCCCCUUUUUCUGCCCCUUCAUAGCUGACCGGAAAAGAACUCUGCCAGCUACCUAUCUAAGGUCGGAAAUAUGACCUCAGAGGGGGGAAAGGGGGCGUUUCAGUGUGUGGGGAGGGGAGGAGAUUGGAGAGGCCAGGCCACAAGCUGCCUUGACUCCUCUCCAGUCUUCUUCCCUCCCUCUCCAUACAGGGAUUUCUUUGCCCAUCUAGCAAAAAUGCAAGGCAGAAGGAUUGGGAGGUGGGGAUCCCCUGUGCGGCUUCUCUGCUUUGCAUGGGAUGCUGGACCUAAGUUUUGAGGACUGCGCCCUGAGUCGUAAAGGAGGGAGAGACAGCUGCAGCGGGUCCCAUGCAGCACACAGGUCGGCAGCUCCAGCCACUCGGCAAAAUCUGGGCAGGAGGAUGUUCAUGAGGCUUGCUGACCAUCAGAGACGUGCUUCCCGAACCUGGUUGCUUGGCAGAGUCGUGGGAUCUCUCUGCCGUCUGGUUGUGCUCUUGGGAUCUCGGAAGCAUGUCUGGUUGUGCUGCAGGUUAACGGUCAGGCAGGGGUUUGCAAGAUCAAAGGCAUGGCCCAUAGGAUUGCACCCUAGCCAGCAGAGGAGGGAGAGAUGGCCACCGAGAGAACAGCUUGAGGAAGGGGGCGUGCAAACCCAGGUCAGCCGUUCAGCAAAACCUGGAUGUCUUGCCAGAAUGAAAAUGGGGCGUAGAACAGGUUAGAACUGAGGGCAGGCAUGCAGAGGAGACUCCGGCAUCACCUGAAGGAAAACAGUGAUCUUAGGGUUGUGUGUCGCUAACCUUUCCCUCUCAAAUGGCAGCUUCGGUUAAACCAGUGCAGCAUGAAUAGACUUUCGGUGCUAAUAUUGCAGUUGGUGAAUCGUGUGUCGAGCAUCUCAUGGCAGUACUCAGUCGCAGAGCAAAAGGGAAGACUUUUCUUUAAUGUAUGUACAAUAAAGAAUUUACCGAACCCA